ACCCAUGUUCAUCGCUCCACUCCUGUCCUCAUCCCCCCUUCUUCAGUUGAUCUGUCUGUGGCAACAACCCUUUUUUGCAGACAUUUACCACCCACUGCACCAGCCUGUACCUGGGGCUGCGGGGAUGCCAGAGGAAUCCCCAGGACCCACCAUCCCGGUAGACAUCCCCCCCUUCUACUUCCAGCCCCGCCAGGUUGGUGUGGACUGGCAUCGCUUCAGUGCCAUCGAUGUGGAGCGGGUGGCCCAGGAGGUGGACGUGGCCGUGCUCCAGGAGCACAUUGCCGGCGUGACCUUCUGCAACCUGGAUGGGGAGCGGUGCCCCCACUGUGGGCAGCCAGCAGAUCCCGUCCUGCUGAAGGUGCUCAGGAUGGCCCAGCUAAGCAUUGAGUACCUGCUGCAUUGCCAGGAGCGCCUGGGGACCAGCCUGGCCAUGCACGCACAGCGCCUGCAAGCUGCCCACGCCAAGCUGGCUUGCACCCAGCAGCAGGCAGCAGAGCAGGCGGCGCAGCUCCGGGGGGCAAAGGAGGAGAGCAGGAGGUGGAAGAAGCUGAUUGCCACACAGCAGCUCCUCCUGCAAGCUGGCCCCAACAUCUACUGCAAGUGCCACCUCUGCGAUAAAGCCUUCAUGAACAACUCCUUCCUGCAAGCCCAUGUGCAGCGCCGGCACGCAGAGGCCACCAAGAUGGGUGACUUUGCAGAGAGGCAGAAGAUGAAGCAGGUGGAGCAAAUGGAGGAUGAGGUGGAGGAGUUGAAGGCAAAACUGCGGGAGAUGCAGCAGCAGCUGGAAGCAGAGAGGGGAGCGGAGAAGCUGCGCAGGGAGCAGGAAACUGAGAGAGCUCGCCAUCAAGAAGAGAAGGGCAGGAGAGAUUUGGAAAGGUGGAAAGAGGAGGAGAGGAUGAAGCUGCAUGAAGAGAUAGAUGGCCUGAGGCAUGUUUUCCUUGCAGUGUUCAAGGAUGUGGCCAGCAGGAGCAGUGCCAUGGAGGGGAAACUGCAGGAGCUUCAGGCCAGAGAGGCAGCGGAGUCCAACCUGGGGACCCUGCAGGACGAUGACACCGAGAGGCCAUGGUGGCAGGCACCAAGCUGGGCAGAGCUGCGAGGCGAGCAGGAGAGGAUGGCAGUGCAGAUCAAGCUAUUCUCUGCAAGCAAACCUGAAGUGACCCAGGAGGUGACCAAAGUGGUGCCUGAUGAAGAGUCGUCAGGUGGAAAGAAGGCUGCCCUGGGUGGGAAGCAGAGGCUGCUGGAAGCCCUACGGAGAAACCCAAACCUCCUGAAGCAGUUUCGCCCCAUCCUGGAGGAAGUGCUGGAAGAAAAGCUGGAGAGCAUGGGGGUCAAGAGGGUUGCGAAGGGGAUCUCCACUUGGACCUACAAAAGCCUCCAGGCUCUGGUCAGGCUUCAGCAGCAACAGAAGGCUGAGAAAUUUCCUGGUCUCCUCUGCCUGAGGGAUGAGUUGGUCCGAGCGGUGAUGGGGAAAGUUAGGCAAUGCAAGAAGCCCAGCAGAACUUUGCCUCGACAGCUCUCCAUCAUCCCAGGUGACAGCAGUGACCUGGAGACCUCCUCCCUGGAGGACCUGGCCGAGCCACCAGCCAGGUGGCUGCUGAUCCUCAGGGGGCCACCUCGGUCCCCAGGGCCCUGGGGAACAGGGCUGCAAGGGGACACAUGGUAG